GGGGAGCUCAGAUAUAUCAACGGGAUGGCGCACUUCCACCGGCCUGAUCGCUCCAGCAUCCCACAGGAUGGGCACGGAGACAGCCGGGCACCUACUGGCAUUGCUCCUGGUACUCGAGGGCAUUGCCGUGGGAUGCCAAAGCAGAGGCGAACCGUUCAGGGCAAAUCAGUUCCUCGGGGCUGAGCUACCACCAAAGCCUUUCACAGCAAAAUCCGUCCUCACCAGCUGCGACUUCGAUGACGCCGGCAGCCCAUUCUGUGAUUGGACCCAGCCUAAGGAUGACAGCGGGGAGUGGCUCCGAGGAGAGGGGAGGAAGCCCGGGGAGAGCCCUGGACCGCCAGGAGGGGUCCCCGAACGGAGAGGGCAUUACGUCUACCCGGAGGAAGGAGAAUCUGGGCAGUUGCAGAGCCCGGAUCUGGACCCGGCUGCGCCAGAGACCUGCGUCAAGUUCCUCUACUACCUGUACAGCCUAGAUAGCAAGGGCCAGCUGGCGGUGAAAGUUCAAGAUCCUUCGGGGAAUGUCUCCACCCUGUGGACACGGCGAGGGAUGGAGAGUUCGGCCUGGCUGCUGGGAGCUGUGACUGUCCAGAAUCCGGUGCAACGGCCCUUCAAGGUUGUUUUCGCUGCCACCCAGGUCAAGACUGAUGAAAUCACAAUCGCUUUAGACAGCAUCUCUGUCAGGAUUGGACCUUGUGCACCCUGUGUGACCGGGUGCGAUUUUGACGACGACGGCAACCUCUGCCAAUGGGAGAAUCCGGUUGACGGAGACGUCCAGUGGGAGCAGUGGGUUGGGGCCGGGGACCUGUCUGGAGUGGGGCCAGAGGACGACUUCUCCAAACCCGGCUUUGGCUCCUACAUGUUGCUCAAUUCUUGGGGCGGCAGCAGCGGCACGGCCCUCCUGAAGAGCCCCCUCUACCAGUCCCUGGGAGGCUGCCUCUCUCUCAGCUUCUACUAUACGUUGCACGGCGUCUCCAACGACACAGGCCUGAGAGUGUACGCGGCACAGCCAGGGGGUGAGCUGGGGCCCGUCUUGCUGAGUUUCACGGGGGAACACGGACCCAACUGGAAACCGGGAAGAGCCACCUACUCAGGGAGAUCAGAGAACGUCCAGUUCAUCAUCGAAGGCACCUACGCAGGGAAGCCUGGCGUCGCGGUGGACAGCGUGAGGAUCUCGCCCUGCGAAGAGACUUUCGCCGAAUGCAACUUCAACGAUGAAGCGGACCCGUUCUGUGGCUGGCUGCAGCCCAGCGACAAUGCGGCGAACUGGACGUGGGCAAAGGGGUUCACACCAACAGAAGAGACGGGGCCCCCGGGCGACUAUCCCGACGGCGAGGGCCACUAUGUCUACGUGGAAGCAGGUUGCACGAAGCCAGGCCAGGCCACGCGUCUGUCCAGCCGGGGCUUCUGCACGGACACCGAGGCCUGCGUGGAAUUCUACUACUACAUGUAUGGCAUCGUGGAAGUCGACACCCAGCUCCGGGUUCUGGCGCACGGCCCAUCUGGACCCACCACCCUCCUCUGGAGCCGGACUGGGAUCCAAAGCCCCGCCUGGCUCUUGGGGUCUGUGACGGUGCCCUACGGGGGUCCCCAGCCCAGCAAGGUCGUUUUCGAGGUCGUCCGGGGCAGCAACCCGUAUAUGGACGUGGCUCUGGACAACAUUUCCAUACGCAAGGGAGCGUGUGCAGAUACCCCAACGCCCCCACCCACCUCCUCAGCUGCCACAACCACCACCACAAGCAGACCCGGCCCCAUAACAACCACCGGGACCAGCCCCACAACCACCAACGGGACCAGCCCCACAACCACAAGAGGACCGAGCCCCACAACCACAACUGUGAGCAGUCCCACAACCACCAACGGGACCAGCCCCACAACCACCACCGUUGGACCCAGCCCCACAACCACCAAUGGGACCAGCCCCACAACCACAACUGUGAGCAGCCCCACAACCACUAAUUGGACCAGCCCCACAACCACCACCAGUGGACCCAGCCCCACAACCACCAACGGGACCAGCCCCACAACCACAACUGUGACCAGCCCCACAACCACAACUGUGACCAGCCCCACAACCACAACUGUGACCAGCCCCACAACCACCACCAGUGGACCCAGCCCCACAACCACCAACGGGACCAGCCCCACAGCCACAACUGUGACCAUCCCCACAACCACCAGUGGACCCAGCCCCACAACCACAACUGUGACCAGCCCCACAACCACUAAUGGGACCAACCCCACAACCACAACUGUGACCAGCCCCACAACCACCAAUGGGACCAGCCCCACCACCACCACCAGUGGACCCAGCCCCACAACCACAAACGGGACCAGCCCCACAACCACCAGUGGACCCAGCCCCACAACCACCAAUGGGACCAGCCCCACAACCACAACUGUGACCAGCCCCACAACCACUAAUGGGACCAGCUCCACAACCACCACCAGUGGACCCAGCCCCACAACCACCAACGGGACCAGCCCCACAACCACCAGUGGACCCAGCUCCACAACCACCAAUGGGACCAGCCCCACAACCACAACUGUGACCAGCCCCACAACCACAACUGUGACCAGCCCCACAAUCACUAAUGGGACCAGCCCCACAACCACAAGUGUGACCAGCCCCACAACCACAAGUGUGACCAGCCCCACAACCACCAACGGGACCAGCCCCACCACCACCACCAGUGGACCCAGCCCCACAACCACCAACGGGACCAGCCCCACAACCACCAGUGGACCCAGCCCCACAACCACUAAUGGGACCAGCCCCACAACUGCGACCAGCCCCACAACCACCACCAGUGGACCCAGCCCCACAACCACCACCAGUGGACCCAGCCCCACAACCACCAACGGGACCAGCCCCACAACCACUAAUGGGACCAGCCCCACAACUGUGACCAGCCCCACAACCACAACUGUGACCAGCCCCACAACCACCAGUGGACCCAGCCCCACAACCACCAACGGGACCAGCCCCACAACCACGAGUGGACCCAGCCCCACAACCACUAAUGGGACCAGCCCCACAACCACAACUGUGACCAGCCCCACAACCACCAAUGGGACCAGCCCCACAACCAUCAACGGGACCAGCCCCACAACCACCAGUGGACCCAGCCCCACAACCACCAGUGGACCCAGCCCCACAACCACCAACGGGACCAGCCCCACAACCACCAACGGGACCAGCCCCACAACCACAACUGUGACCAGCCCCACAACCACCAAUGGGACCAGCCCCACAACCACAACUGUGAGCAGCCCCACAACCACCAACGGGACCAGCCCCACAACCACAACUGUGACCAGCCCCACAACCACCAACGGGACCAGCCCCAUAACCACAACUGUGACCAGCCCCACAACCACCAACGGGACCAGCCCCACAACCACAACUGUGACCAGCCCCACAACCAACAACGGGACCAGCCCCAUAACCACGAGUGGACCCAGCCCCACAACCACCACCGGGGCCACGUCCAUCCAGUCCACAGUGGUCACCAGUCCGACUACCACCCCGGAAAGGCGCACCUCCACCCCUUCGGUCUCUACUACAACAACCACCACGGCGAAACCCCCUGUGCCGCCUGCAGAGCAGGAGACCUGCACCAUCUCCGGAGACCCCCACUACGCCACCUACGACAGCCGCCGCUUCGACUUCAUGGGGACCUGCACUUACCUGCUCUCCGCCCCCUGCAACGCCACCUCGGGGCUGCCCGCCUUCAGGGUGGAGGCCACCAACGAGCACCGAGGCGGCAACAAGCACGUCUCGUACGUCAAGUCCGUCAGCGUGGAGGUCUAUGGGUCACGGAUCGGGCUGCUCAAGGGGCGCCGAGUCACGGUGGACGGCCAGCGUGUUACGUUGCCGGUUUCCCUGGCCGGUGGGCGGGUGUCCGUGCGCCUGAGCGGCACCUUUGUCCUGGUCCAAACAGACUUCAGCCUCUGGGUGCGCUUCGAUGGGAACCACCACGCGGAAGUCUCCGUCCCGGAGGCCUACUUUGGGCAGCUCUGCGGCCUCUGUGGGAAUUACAACGGACAAUCUUCUGACGACAAUCUCAUGCCCGACGGCACCUCAGCCGGAAACGAUGCCAACAAGCUGGGCGAGAGCUGGCAGGUCCCAGGCGCCACAGACCCAGGCUGCACCAACUCAGGAGACCCAGGAGAGUGUGACAAGGAGAUCGAGGCGGAUGCUAAGGAACCUACUAGUUGCGGGAUCCUCACGGACCCUCAAGGUCCGUUUGCCCCAUGCCAUAACAAGGUGCCCCCCGAGGGGGCGUUUCAAAACUGUGUGUACGAUCUCUGUGGCACCGGGGGGGACACAGGCUCCCUCUGCUUCGCCCUGCAGUCCUACGCCGACAGGUGCGCCCAAGCCGGAAUCCCCAUCGCCUGGAGGAACAGCAGCUUCUGCCCCCUGAACUGCCCUCCUGGUAGCAACUACACAUCUUGUGGGCCAGCCUGCCCGGCCACCUGCAUCGAGCCCACCUCCAGGGACAGCUGCAACCUGCCCUGUGUGGAGGGCUGUACCUGCAACGAGGGCUUCGUCCUCAGCGGAGACCAGUGUGUCCCCCAUAGCCAGUGUGGCUGCACAGACCCCGACGGGCAAUACCAUCCGGUUGGGGAGAGCUGGAUGGGGAACAGCAACUGCACCCAGCGCUGUACCUGUGCCCCUCUCAACAACAUCACCUGCGAGGAGUGGAGCUGCAGCCCCGUCCAAGAGUGUCAGCCCGUAGAGGGUCUCCUGGGUUGCCAAGACACCGGAGUGGCUGCCUGCCAUGUGGCCGGGGACCCCCACUACUACACCUUCGAUGGCAGCAUGGUCUCCUUCAUGGGCACCUGCACUUACACCUUGGUGACGGUGUGCCACAGCGACCCCCGCCUCCCGGCCUUCAACAUCACCGCCAAAAACGAGGAGCGGGGGCAGCCCGAAGCCUCCUACCUCCGCCUCGUGACUGUGGAGGUUGCCGGAGCCACGGUCACCCUGCAGAAAAGUCGGCGGGUGCUGAUAGAUGGCCAACGUGUCCGGACCCCCGUGGAGGGCCGCAUUCCUGGCGUCUCCAUCACCACAAGCGGGAUCUAUGUGGUCCUGGAGACUGAUUUCGGGCUGGUGGUCAAGUUUGACGGAAACCACCACCUGGAGAUCCAGCUGCCUGGAACUUACUUUGACAAGGUGUGUGGUAUGUGUGGCAGCUUCAACAACCAGAGCGGAGAUGACCUCUUGAUGCCCAACGGGCACUUGGCCGCCAACGCCAGCCAGUUUGGGAACAGCUGGAAGGCACCAGGAGACGCUGACCCGGGCUGCCAGCCAGACAACCGCGAGGACCUGGAACCCGCCUGCUCGGUCCAGGAGAUGGAACGCCUUCGCGGCCAGUGCCGUGAGAUCCUGGGGCCCAAGUACGAGUCCUGCCACAGCACCAUCGACCCCCAGCCCUUCUUCCAGAACUGCCUGUACGACAUGUGCGAGUACCAGGGCAUGGCCUCGGUGCUCUGCGACAACAUCCAGUCCUACGUGGAAGCCUGCAAGAGCCAGGGUGUGGACACCAUCUCGUGGAGGAACAGCACCUUCUGCCCCCUGCCCUGCUCCCCUCACAGCCACUACACCGAGUGCGCCUCUCCCUGCCCGGCCACCUGCUCCAACCUUUAUGCCCCAGCCAGCUGCCAGCGCCGCACGACCUGCAUGGAGGGGUGCGCCUGCGACCGGGGCUACGUGCUGAGCGACGACAGCUGCGUCUUGAUGCGGGACUGCGGGUGCCUGAGCGCCCAGCACGAGUACUACAACCCCGGAGAAACCUGGGUGACGGCCAACUGCCUCGAACGCUGCACCUGCGUCGGAAACGGGAAGAUCACCUGCCAGGCCUUCCGGUGCCUGGAUGGGUCUGUGUGUGCCCUCAGCAGCACGGGGCUUCGCUACUGCCGCCCAACCAGAUUCCACCAGUGCGUGAUUUCCGGAGACCCGCACUACAACACUUUUGACAACUUCGCCCACCACUUCCAGGGACGCUCCACUUACUACUUGACCAGGACCCUGGGUGACCUUCCGGACUCUCUCGAACCCCUCUCCGUAGCUGGCAGGAACCGCCGCCGCCUCCCUUUCCAAAGCGUCUCCUUCCUGCGCGAGGUCUACGUCGAGGUGUACGGCUACAGCAUCAAGCUGUUGCAGGGGAGGAAGACGGCGGUAAAUGGUGUGAUGGUCACUACCCCGUACUCCCCACGGGACGGGCUCCAGAUCACCCAGAGAGGCCGCACCAUCUGCGUAGAAACAGACUUUGGGCUCUCCGUUUACUUUGACGGCCAGGAUUUUGGUGAGAUCGUCCUCCCCAGCACCUAUCGGAACCAUGUGGGAGGGCUCUGCGGGAAUUACGACGGGCAGCGGAACAACGAGUACAUGAAACCUGACAGAACGUGGACCCGGAGCCUCAACACCUUCGGGAACAGCUGGGAGAUCAUGAUCCUCGGCAGAGGAAGGGAGCCUGACAGCCAUCCUCGCAUCAGGCGUGAGGAACCAUCAGAUGAAGCCGAGUCCGGGUUUGAAAUCACCUGCAGCCCAGAGCAACUGAUGAAUGUCAAUGGGACGGGCGUCUGUGGGGCCCUCUCUGACCCCCAGGGGCCUUUCUCCACCUGCCACGGCGUCCUGUCACCCAGCCCUUUCCAAGAGAACUGCGUGUACGACCUCUGCGCUCUCUUUGGCGACACUGAGCUCUUAUGCCAAGAUUACGAUGCCUAUGCCAAGCUCUGCCAGGAGGAGGGGGUCACCCUGGGACCCUGGAGGGAGAAGACAGGCUGUGGUAAGAGAUUCCCCCACCCAAGAGAAACCGAGCACACGCCCUUCCUUGCCCAGCUGCAAACACAGCAGUCAUGCCAGGCUGCCGGCGGGUCUUGCUCUGACGUAGCUGCUGCUACCUCCCUUCUGCUUACUCCUGUGCCCCCCAAUAGGAGGGGACUUUUUUAAAGGCUCUGAGCCAGGGGCGUACCCAGGAUCAAAACUGGGGGGGGCAAGACAUGGUCAACUAAAAUACUGAUCAACUAGCGGCUCAGUACAGUGACGCAGAACUUGGUUUUUACACCAUUUCAGUGUGGUAAACAACUGAUUAUUCCCCAUCGCCCUACCUAAUUUUGUUUCUUUCAUCACUUUAUAACCAUUUGAUUAUUAUUUUUUGCUUCGGGGGGGCAGCUGCCCCCACUGCCCUAUGCUGGGUACGCCCAUGCUCUGAGCCAUUUCCUUAGCGCUCCUGAGUCCAGCCUGCAGCCUAGCACACCACGCUCUCCCCGAGUCUCUUCCAGACCUCAGAGAAGGUUCUGGUCGCUUGCAACGCCAAUCCCAAACACUUCAGCAGUCAAAUGAAGGAAGUUUACUAGGAACAAAAGGUAGGGGGGGAAAGCAGCCAGGAGGUCAAAACGGAACACAAAAUAAACCCGAGCCCUGUGGCUCUAAAACGGAACCAGUCCUAGCCUAUCCACAACCCUCGUUGUUCAACUUUACUCACCAAGAAUCUGCAAGGCUGGCCAGUUUCAUAGAAGAUCCCAGCUAGGAUCUGGAAGGAGAACAGGAUCCCCUGAUCUUGGGGGGGGGGGCACAAGAAGCAGCUCAGCUUUUUAAAGGGUCUUUCCUCCCCUAAUGAUGAAUGCGGCAGCCUCCCUUAGGGCCUGAGCUGUCCUCCCAUUUCUCCUCCUUCACAACCCCUUCUCCCUCAGCCGAGGGCCCCGUGCCCAGAGCAUGGGGCCACAUCCAGGGCCCACACCCCGGAGGAUAGGGCCCAAGCCAGUGGGUUCAAAUGACAAGGAAGGAGAUUCUGUCCAACUGAGUCCGUUCCC